AACUGCAGCAGAUAAAUAAGGUGAAAGGAAAGACAAGAUUCAGUAACCUCAGAGAAACUCCAGAUAACCAGGCAGAGCGCCGCUGAUAGAGAUAGGAGAGAGGGAGAGGCAACGGAAAGAGGGGGGGCCAGAGGAGAGGGAGCCACACACGGGAGGAAAGAAGAGAGGCAACGCACUGCUCCAGCGCUCAGAACUCCGAGGUAGAGAGGAGAGACAGGGAGCUCAACUCACUGACAGACGCACAACAAGAGAGGGCAGAAAGACGAGAGGUCCCGGGCUCAGUUACACACUCAAGUGACUUCAAACCAGCACCGACCAAACAAGAGGCACAAAGAGACAGAGACAGAAAAGAAGAGAAGAAAGUCUGGAUUUUGUGACUUUUUUUUUUUUAUUGUGGCCCCUCUUGCAUGGAUUUUUCUGAACAUUUUAUGAGAAGCAGAAUUAUUCUUUUAUUUUUUUGACUUCCUGUUUUUAUUUAUUCAAUUUGUAGUCAACACUUUGGCAUCUUAUACCCAGAAUUCCUCCGCCUUCUUGUUAUCCACCCUGGACUGAAGGAGAUGAAUGGACAUGUGUGGAGUAGAUCUUUAAUAGAAUAUAUGAAUGAACUGAUAUUUUCACUCUGAGUGUCUUUGGAUGUGAGAGUGAAUCUUUAGAAAAAAAAGGAAUUUUUAGAGGGUGUGUGCGACCAGGAGCAAGAAGUAGCAAGAGGACAAGGAGAGAAGCCCCCGGUUGUUCCCGUUGUGAGGUGAUCUGAGUUAUGGAUGUUGACGCAAUCCUGAGGAAUAAACAGCACCGGGGACUUCAGCAGAGUCAGCCACAACACUGAGGGCUUCCCCACCACCACCACCAACUGCACCCAUCACCAGCAUUACUGACAACUCUACAUCUGCUUAAGACUUAAAAACUGAUCAAUCUUCAAACCAGACGUUCUACAAGUUUUACACCACAGUGCCGGUGAGGUUGUGGGUCCCCAGACAGAGGAGGUGUAGUCGCUGGGCCGGGGGAGUUUCUCCCACUCUUGUUCCCUCUCCCUGCACCCAGCUCAGCAUGCCCCAGCCCCUGUGCACCUCCACAGCUCUCCCAGCUCCACUACCAUGUGUAGAUGGACAGUGACACAAGGUGCACCGGUCGCCUGGUUCUCCUCCUGCCCCUGCUGCAGACCUUCACUCCUCCUCCCCCUCACCUUCCUUCUCCUGCUUCUCCUGCUCGGACCCUCCUCGUCCUCACCGCUGUCUGCUCUAUCAUCACGGUCAAACCCGGACAGGAACCACAAUGCACCGGGAGGGACUCCUCCUCACUUCUUCAUCCCUCACCCGCCACCUUCCUCAUCACCCGCUCCUCUGCAUGCAUCUUCUGCGAGGUUGCCACGGGCAACUAAUGUAUCAUCGUCCUCUGCGACAGUUGUCGGACGCCACGUGCGGAGCAGCUACAACCAUCUACAAGGAGACGUGCGGCAGAGGAAACUGUUCUCCUACCAGAAAUUCUUCCUUCGCAUUGACAAGAAAGGGACGGUUAAUGGCACCAAAAGCGAGGACGAUCCGUACAGUAUUUUGGAGAUCAAGUCAGUGGAUGUGGGAGUGGUGGCCAUCAGGGGCCUCAGCAGUAACCACUACCUGGCAAUCAGCAAGAAGGGAUUGCUAUACGGAGCGAGGGACUUUGGUCCGGACUGUCGUCUGAUUGAACGCAUUGAGGAGAACAAGUACAACACCUAUGCUUCGGCAGAAUGGCGCAACAAGAAGAAGCACAUGUUUGUGGGAUUGAACGCCAACGGAAAGCCAAUGAAGGGGAGGAAGACGCGGAGGAAAAACACAGCCACUCACUUCCUGCCCAUCGUGGUACAACCACGGUGAUUGGACGUGGGAGAACUCUGCAGACUGUAGGGUACUGGACUUAUCUGGAGUUAUAGUGGUGGCUUUAUUGGACAGAUCUGAGCGGGAUCUUAAUGAUGCACUGAGGAGGACAAGAAUGGAAACCUAGAGACAUUUAUCUCUGUUGGAUAAAGACAUUUCUAUUUUUAAAGAAAGAAAUAAAAUAUAUUGGUAUACAAUGUAUAUAUUAUUUUCUGUUUUAAGUUAUAAAGUACAUAGGCACAGUAGAAAAUAUGAAAAGAAACUGACUUCUGUGCCAAAAUGUGAUUUAGUAACUCACAUUUCUAGAUUUGUGUAUAUGUGAAGCGCUUGACUGGCAAGAGAUGAAAAUGAAAUGACAGGAGGCAAAGAUGCAAGAGAGGAGAAGAAAGAGGAAAGAAGAGGAAGUAGUGAUCGAGAACUGAGUGAUGGAAAAAGAGAAAAGACAAGAAAGGAGGGGAAGAAGGAAAUGGCAGAGCUGAGAGGAUUGAGUCAAGAAAGCACCACCACAGCAGCAAGUCUAACGCUAUCAUGGUUUUCCUUUAAAUUUAUUUAUUUUGUGUAAUAUUUAACAAAAAAAAUCAAACACACAAAAAGGACAAAGUCUUGUCUUUUUUUUUUACCAUUUAUGCUUCUCUUUUUGAAUACUAAUCAUUUAAACCUGAAUAAAUAUAAAAAAAUAA